AAAAACUACUUGAACAUGGACUUUGAUUCGCAGAAGCAGGCUGCGAAUGAUCAUAAUCAAAUGCUUUUGAAGGCCGACGUUCAAGCAGAAGAAGAAACGUUGGCCAUGGUGAGACAAGUGAGACAAGUGAGACAGGCUGAGGAUGAGUUAUUGGAGAGUGAAGACGAGGAGAGCUCCGAAAAGUAUCUUGUGGAUGACGAAACAUGGCUAGUGAUAGCGAAGCAACGACUUCUCAAUCGAUCCGAAAACACCCAGCCAAUCUCAAGUAGCGCGUCCACAACGUCCGGAAGUCCAAUACAAGCUCGAAUUAACCGGCGCAAGACUAACCAGAUCCAUUUACCAUUGACCUUAGAUCUCUCUUCACCGCUCUCUUUUAGUAGUGCGUGUCCCAUCCCCACCACCACAACCACCACCACCACCAGUGUUUGCUCCCCUGACCUUGACAAUUGUCAAGAUUCGAAGCAAGUGGAGCUCAAUAGCGUUCCCUCUAACUUUGAUAUCACAAUGGAAGACAAGAUGUUAGACUUGAAAGGUCGAGCAAUACAAUUGGCCAAGGACUUGAAGGAAAUUAAAGCUCAUCCAGAGGUCAGCGUACCCUCAGACCUUCUCGAUUUGAUCUCACCCACUUCGUCUGAUCAAGGGUUAGUGGACGAAAUCCUCCAAAGGUCACUAUCCAACACUUCAUCUUGCCAAGAUAUGGACCAGAUUUUGCCACCAAUACAAGCAGAUGUUGUAUCGGAGAAGCGUGCUACACGUGAGAAUGGAGGGGCACACGUGGACAGUAUUUACAGCGUUAAGGAGCCGGAAGACGAAGAAGAAGACGAAGAAGAGGAAGAAGAGGACCCCAAUGAAACUAUCGUGCCAAUUACGGACAGGGCCCUGGAACGACUUGAUUCUCAGGACUCUUUGGAGCGGGUUGAAAGCCUCCAAGACGAUGAGAUCCCACCGGUGGCUCAAAAGGAAGAUGAUUCCAAGGACAUCAAUUUAAGACACCUGAUUAAGGAGUCUUGCCGACGAAACUCUAAAUCACUGGAGCCCACGCUUAGAGAAGUCGAAAAUUAUCCGACGAUAGCACUGGCUUCUCCCCGAUACACCUCGGGUCAGAGUAACUGCGCCGAGAAAAGAAUCUUGGGAGCCACAAGAAUUGACAAGGCUUGCCCCAUGUUCUUGGACUUGAGUGCCGAAGGGGCCAGGAAAUUACGUUUAAAGAAUGCGGGAUUGUUCCGUUGGCACAUGCCUUUCCGUCAUGGAUUAUUUCAUCAACUCAGUGAUAGCGCUGAGGCCAUGAAUAAUCCACUGAUCUUUGCACCCACGGGCAAUUUCUACUCCUAUUUGGAGAGAAGAAAAGUCAUCCCGAAUGUGUAUCAAGGCCCCACCAAGAGGCAAGUGAGCUGCUGCCAACGAGCUUCCAACGAGCUUCCACCGCGCCACGACCACACACUCACGCUUAAGUUCUAAAUCUGGAGGCUGGCUUGGCUGACUUUUUUCGCAUUAUCCCCUUCUUUCUUCUAAAUCAAAGUCAAAUACCAGCCUUUGAGCCCAAUCUAUCGAAGACACGACUCGCCAAUAAAUUUGAGGUUUUUGCCGCUCAUCUGACUGAUCAAACAUAAUUAACGAUUCAAUCAGGUCGGUCUUGAGAAUCGCUUCGACCCCGAUUAGUCGGGAUUUGUUCGCUCUCGUUGAUGGUUCCUUGAAAAUUUCGCCUCUCUUCCCGCCUCAUUAUUUUUGACAAGCAAGCUCGGCGUUCCCACCAUUUUCUUCAUCAUCGUCAAAAUUAUCAUCGACAUCGUCAUGAGCCUUUGGUUUCUCUUGCAUAGUCAAUUGUGCUUGUUUCCUCUACGAGUGACUUGUAUUGAGAACAUGACUCGGUCAG